CUGGAGAAAAUGGCUACUGCAGGCUGUGGAAGACAGAUCAGAUAAUGUUAUGGAAUCAAGCAAAAGAUACAGCCACCGAGACAAUAUGGGCACCUGAGGGCAUGAUCUUCCUAGCUGAUGAUACGUUACAACUUUUCAAGCCAAAAGAAGUAUGACAUUAUGGUCACCAGCUGGCUUUGGAAACAUGGAUAGGAAGAUGAUGAACCUUUUAAAAAUCCGUAUUGUAUUUAUAUAGCACAGGUUUUGCAAGUUGGAGAGGGAAAACAAUACCAAUCAGUCUGGUGAUCCAGCCAUGGGAGACAACUCAAGUUUUUGGGACAGUCUGAUAUAUGCACAUCCUGUCUGUGUAAACUGGAAGUCAGAAGCAGAAGGCUCUAUCUACCACUUAGCUAGCAUUUUGUUUGUUGUUGGAUACAUGGGCGGAAGUGGGUUUUUUGGCCUGCUCUAUGUCUUCUGUUUGCUUGGACUCGGUUUCCUGUGCUCUUCUGUCUGGGCAUGGCUGGAUGUCUGUGCAGCUGAUAUCUUCUCUUGGAAUUUCAUACUGUUUGUGAUAUGCUUCAUACAGUUUAUUUAUGUAGCCUACCAAGUUCGGAGUGUUGCCUUUGACAGAGAAUUCCAGGAGCUUUAUAAUGCUCUGUUCCAGCCCCUGGGGAUUUCGCUGACUGUCUUUAGAAAAAUUGUCCGCUGCUGUGAUGAAGAAAUUGUUACACUGGAGAAGGAACACUGUUAUGCUAUGCAGGGCAAAACACCGAUUGAUAAGCUCUCCUUGCUUGUAUCAGGAAGGAUCAGAGUGACAGUAGAUGGGGAAUUUCUGCAUUAUAUUUUCCCACUUCAGUUUCUGGAUUCUCCUGAAUGGGAUUCCCUAAGACCUACUGAAGAAGGCAUUUUUCAGGUAACCCUCACAGCAGAAACAGACUGUCGAUAUGUGGCAUGGAGAAGAAAAAAAUUAUAUUUGCUCUUUGCUAAGCACCGAUUCAUCUCACGCCUGUUUUCAAUUCUAGUUGGAAGUGACAUUGCUGAUAAGCUAUAUGCUUUGAAUGACAGAUGCACGGGAGGGAGAGGAGCAGGAGAGCGCUUCUUUUUGGACACCACACCUCCCCCCCCCCUGACCCCUUUGAGUUUUUUCCUCGACUUCAAAAAUGCUACUUCUGUGCCUUUGAAUGAAACUGUGUGUGAAAACUGGAGAGAGAUUCACCACCUGGUUUUUCAUAUGGCUAAUAUUUGUUUUGCAAUUGGAUUAGUUAUUCCAACCACUUUCAAUCUUCAUAUGAUUGUUCUACGAGCUAUGCUAACACUAGGAUGUGCACUUUUUAUCAUCUGGGCAACACUUUUCCGCUGUGCCUUGGAUAUAAUGGUCUGGAAUGUAGUAUUCCUACUUGUCAACCUUCUUCAUUUUAUAUAUUUGGUAUACAAGAAAAGACCGAUAAAGAUAGAUAAAGAGCUCAGUAGUCUGUAUAAGAGAAUGUUUGAACCUCUCCAUGUGCCUCCAGAACAAUUCCAAAGAUUGACUGGACAAUUCUGCAAUAUUCAGAUACUAAAAACAGGUCAAGCAUAUGCUGCAGAGGAUAAAACAUCAGUAGAUGAUCGAUUAAGCAUUCUGCUAAAAGGAAAAAUGAAGGUCUCCUAUCGAGGGCAUUUUCUGCAUAAUAUUUACCCCUGUGCCUUUAUAGAUUCUCCUGAAUUUCGGUCAACCCAGAUGAAUCGGGGUGAGAAGUUUCAGGUGUCCAUUACUGCUGAUGAUAAUUGCAAAUUCUUGUGCUGGUCCAGAGAGAGACUUACAUUUUUUCUGGAAUCUGAGCCAUUUCUCUUUGAAAUAUUUAAGCAUCUCAUUGGGAAAGAUAUCACAAACAAGUUAUACUCAUUGAAUGAUCCAACCCUAAAUGACAAAGCAUCCCAAAAAAUGGAUCAACAACCUAGUCUGUGUUCACAGCUCUCUGUGAUGCAAAUGAGAAACAGCAUGGCUAGCUCAAGUGAUAGUGAAGAUGGCUUGCAGCACUUUCUCCGAGGCACUUCCACUGCCUCCUCUCUCCGUCAACCAUCUCCUUACUUAAGAGCAUCACAAAAAAUGAAACCAAUAGAAGAAAGUGUUGAAGAUGAUGUCUUUGAACCUGCAUCUACCACCAAAGUUAAAGCUCAUCAGUGACAGCUCUGGACAGAAUUUUGGUGAAUAGCAGGAAGAUGACCACCAUGGCCAUUAGAAACAGUCUAAUGAAGUUAUCAAAGGUGAUAACUUUACUUUCAAAGGUGUUUUCCACACACACACACAAAAUUCCUUGCUACAUAGUCUGAAAACUAGUCCUAUUGGUUUCAGUGGGAUGUAUGUCUCCAAAGAUACCCUCCAGGCCCUACUUUGAUUAGCAGACUGUCCUAUCCACGUAGGUAGAGGUUGCCCCAUUGACUGAAGUGAGUACUAGAGUCCUUGUAGCCUAGGUUGCUUUAUGUGCACAGCAGAAUAUGCACAAGAAAUGUCGUUGGACUAGAACCCGGGUAUCUGGGACUGAAGUUUUCAACAAGGUGUCAAGAACUUCCUUUUCAAAUCGUGUUUUAACAAAUUGAUUGGGAGGAGGGAGUCUUAAACCAUUGCAUGACACUAAAGGGUUGUAACUCUCUUAAUUGCAUUUUCUGCAGUUGUAUGAAACUGGGGGUGCAGUGGUUAUGUGUGCUGCCACAGUAGCCUUUGCAAAGUAGCCUGCUUCCCUUCCUAAUGUUCUGCCACCACUUAUCAUCUCUUAGGUUAUUGAUAGUGGGAAAGAAGUGCCUGGGUGAGUCCAGGUAUCUGCCCCUUGUUUUCCAAACAGGCAAUUUAGCAAUGACAGAACUGCAAGUGCUGAUCAUCUGUUAUGCCACCCGCCACAGUCACCCUCGAGGGAGAACACAGACUUGCACUCUUCCUCUUUUGUGCUGAUGAUGCUAGGGUUAAUGCUGGAACAGAAGCAUAUUUUGAAUUAAGGUUCACUUAAUGGGUUUAAGGCAAGUAGUAUUUCAGUCAUUAACUGUAGCUACAUUUGCUUAAUCCCUAAAAUUGCAUGCGUGCAUAAAAUGACAAUUUGUAGUACAAAUAAGUGGUGUUUAGACCUUGGGUCCAAUAACAGGAAACUACUUAGCAAAUUUUAAACCUACAAUAAAGAGAUGCAGUGCAAUCAAAUGCAUGCUUUCUCAGUAACAAAAUCCGAAUCUGUUUUAUGGGUUCUGUGCCUAGGUAAAUAUGUUUAAGAUUGCAGACUUAACCAAGCAUUAAAAGCAGUAGGAGUCCCCAAUUGGUCUCAAGAUGAUGCAGAUUAUGGGUUAGAGCCACCAGAGCAUUUUGACAGAAGGUUUCUAUACAUGGAGUAUGAUUUUCUUCCCUGCAGCUCUGCGCUGCCUAAAAUGCUUUCCAAAAUGAUGUUUCUGGCCCUCAAGAACAGAACUGGGAAGCAUUUCGGGCUUCAGCCAGAGAGGGAGGUGAGAAAGUCAUGCUCCACUGGCAGAAAUUCUUCCAUUUGUGAAAUUGGUGGAUUGAAGCCUUUGGGUAUACAAACAGGUAGAUAACCAUUUUUGGCUUUUUAAAAACAUUGUGUUGUUUUCCAAGAGAACAAUCCAUCCAUUGCUAACAUCACUGAGGCUAUUUUUGCUAAGCAGAAAAUAGUACAUUAUAUCCUAUGUCAUAGACAUGGAUAGAUAGUUUGACAUAGUGCCUUUGAUUUGCUUUCAUCUGUAAUACAGAAGCUUUUAUAGUCAUAUGAAACUGUUGCAAUAAUUAAGCACAACAUGGGAUGGCUGGACUAUAGCCUUCUUUCCUAAUGUGUUAGGUUUCCCAUUGGAAUUAAUGGAUUUGGAAGUAUUUAGACAGUUAAGGCAUGAACCAAUGAAAACGUUCAUUUCAGAAAUAGCUGAUCCAGAAGACAAACCAUGAACACCUCUUUUAUGGGACUUGUACUGGAAAGUGUGUUAAAAGACUGGGAAUUUGGGGAUAUCAGUAGGAACCUCUAAGAAGAGUAACUGCUGAUCUAUGUAAAUAAGUUUUUUUAAAGCCACUUACAGUAGAUGCUUUUGAAGACUGUGCAGUUUUAGCACUGCUAUGAACACACUGGUAUUUUUUUGACAGUGCCAGUAGUCUUCAGGAACAGUCUUACUAGCACUUGUAGGUGUUUUUCUGGUUAAAUUAGGUAGGAUUACAUAUUUGCUAAGCAUCAUUGUGGAAGCACUGCUUUCUGUUACCAUUGUGUGUACAUCUUUAAACUGUUCUUGGAAAACAAAUGUGUCUGGACUGAAUCAACCAAAGUGAUUUAAGAGAAUAGUAAUGAGUUUAGUGUGGUGCAGAUAGAGUGAAAUUAUGUGCCAUAUCUACUGGGUAAAUCUGGUGUUAACGGAACUGUUUCUUAAAAAAAAUAGUGUACAUAUUAGAGGGAUACAUUUAGUGUUUCUGAACAAUAAAACUUUCAAGGCACAUUGGAAAGUGACACUUUUUAAUGUUUGCAUUCUUGUAUGGCUCCUUUACCAGCUGUCCAGUGCUAAAAUAGUACCAGCUUGGGUGUCCCUAGUGCUUUUGAAGCACCAAACUGCUGGUUUUAUGGAUGAGCCUGGUUUCGUUAUUUCACAAGUUAGACUGAGGUCGCUUCCACAGAGAGCUCAGCUUCCACCUUGCCUCCGGAAUUGCAGUGGUUUCUCUGGGGAUUUCUGCACAAGGUUGUCAUAUGAUCACUGUACUUCCAGUUACCCUGGCUCUACUUCAGGUUUUCCCAAACCUGCUUUGGUACAGUCUUCCCUAAAAGAUUGUACUCAAAGCAGGUUUGUGAAAAAUGUGGAUGGGAAGAUGUGUAUCCCCCCCCCUCCAGUUAGUGGGCUUUUUAGAAAUCAUUGUUAGUUAUUUUAUCAUACUGUUAAAAAGCUAUAGUGCUAAAGCUGCCAUUAAAAAAUUUUUUUUGGCAAAACCACCACAGGUCAAGUUAAGAACAUAAGAAGAG